UUCAGUCCCCAUCUGGGAUAAGAAAUGGCCAGUAAAGGUGUUUCAACAAUUUUUAGAUCUAAGACAAAUUUUUAUGUUUGGUAACUUGUAAUGUAAUGCAAUCAAAUGUGUAAUGUAAUGAGAUGAUUUAUUACAUUUUUUUUUCCUUCAAAUCUUGAAGUAAAGUGAUGGAGGUCUUGACAAAGUUUCUCUUUAUAAGUCACUAUAAUUUUCAAAACAAUUUACUAUGGUCCCUAAAUUUUAUUUUUAUUCACAAAUUUCCUUAUUUAAUUUUUGUUGUUCCUUGUAUUCUAUAUAUAAGAUGCAGCAAAGCAAGAGCAAUAUAAAACUCAGAAGAUUCUCCUGCCAGCUUUCAAAUCCUUUAAUUCCGUCUCUCGUGUAAUUGAUCAUGAACUACUGGAAGGCUUUCCAAUAAAAUAUGUAGAGCACACAGGGCGUACACAGAUAAAUCCUAGCAAAUGAUUAGGACAUGCAUGCACACAAGUCAACAGAGAAGCCUUAAAAUACACAAAUCCACCUCUUUCUUAGUGUUCAAAUUCUAUUAUCCUCCAAAACUUUAGCUGUUCAGUGGAUUAAAGCACAAGUUUCCCAUUGGAUUAGAAUCCCAUCAAUGUAGUGGGAUUAGGUUAGGUUAGCUGUUAAUUAACAGAUUACGCGUGACCUUUUAUAUAUUUCUUAACAUUUUCCAAUCAUCCUCCCUUUCUUUUGUUUGUGUUAAAUUAGCUAGCUUUUGUUUGUUAUGUAAAUGACAACAUGGCUAUACAAAGUGAUCAUCGUGCAACAUCUGAAGGAAUCCUAGAGAAUGUUUGGGCAAGCUACAUUGGAGAACAUAGAGGAGACAAAGUAACAAGCCAUGACGAACAAGAAGAGUUUAAAUCAUCGCAGGAAUUGCCUAGUCUUGAUAGUAGAGAUGGGUCAAAGGAGGUUCUCGAAAGGCUACCAAGUCUAGGCAGAUGGAUAUCGAUGGGUACAGAGUCCUGGGAGGGACUUCUUGAUGGAAUCAUUCCUGAAAUAAACUAUAAAGAACUUACUUCCAAUGAUAGAGAAGAAAACAAAGGCCCCAGCAGCCUAAGCUCAGAAGAGAAUACUGUGAAAACAGAGAAAGUGACUACCAGACACUACCGGGGAGUAAGGAGGCGGCCUUGGGGCAAGUAUGCAGCAGAGAUAAGGGACUCUUCGAGAAAAGGAGCUCGAGUCUGGCUUGGAACUUUUAAAACAGCUGAAGAAGCAGCUUUGGCUUAUGAUAAGGCUGCUUUGAGAAUUAGAGGCCCCAAGACAUACCUCAACUUCCCACUUGAAACAGUAGCCAAGGCAAUGGGCAUUGACUGCUCCGAAAAUGACUACAGUGUUUCAUCUACCACAACUUCACAAGGGUAUGACACGUCUUGCAUAAUUCUGGGAAGCGGUGACAAAGUUUCAGUGGUCCCUAGAAGAAGGGUAUCAAGAGAUUGGGAAGUGAACAAUGAUUUGAUAAUUAUGGAACAACCUGGACUUCAGAGAAUGGCUUGCGUAGAAGAAUUGUCUGUGGAUGAUUUCGACGUGGUAGAAUUUCAGGACCUGGGGAGUGACUACCUGGACAGUUUGUUUUCCUCUUUCUAGAUGGAUAAAUUAGCCAUUUAUUUUGUUUUAUAUUCAAUCUCGUCAUAAUUCCUUAGAUAUGGAAUAUGUGGCAUCGCUUUUUUUCCCUGUCAUUUCUUUUGUUUUAUUCAAUCUCGUCAUAAUUCUUAGAUAUGGAAUAUGUGGCAUCGCAUUUUUUCCCUCUUAAGUGUGUAAUUAAUGUCCCCGUUAUACCACAACCAUUGUCUUGGAUUGAGCCCCAGAAAGUGUAGGAAUAUUUUAGAGGCGGCUUCUACGGGUAAUUCAAGAGGUAGCUCUCAUCCUGUACAAAGGUAGAGCAUUUUGUUCCGUAAGGGACAUGGUUCCCACACAUGGCUAGGCUCAGCUUUAAUAUCAUUUAUAAUGCACCCAAACUCGAGGGAGAGGUUUGGUGCUUAAAUGAAUAGCUUCUAUGUCUACAAGUAUAGCACUAAUAAGGCCUCUUAUCCUCAUAUCCCAUAAAAAAAAUAUUCCUUGUUGAACAUAUUUAACCAUACCUUUUAUCUACCCAAUCUCCCAAUAAUGUUUAGAUGUGAGAUAUAGGACAUGACAUUUUUCUACCUUCUUAAGUUUGUCAUGUCCCCAUCGCACUACAAUCAUAGUCCAUGAUCGAGCCCUGAACACUGUAGGAUUCUAGAGGCGGCUGCUUUGGGUUCAAGAGGUGUCUUCCACCCUGUACGAAGAUGUAGCACUCUGUCUCGCUUAGGUCUUAAUUAGUUGCCACAGUAAACUAGGGAUGGCUUUGAUACCAUUUAUAAUGCCUUAUACCUGAGGAAGGAGCUUGAUGCACAAAUGAACAGCUUGUUGCUUAUAGGUUCAUUAGCCAUACGUUCUAUCUUUUUUAAUCUUCCUAUAAUGUGUGUGGCAUGGGACAUUUCGAUAAACUUUGGUCUUGAAAAUGGAUAAGAGUAAACUAAGAAAAGAUAAAAACGAGUCACAGGAGGGAAAGCUAUUUUACC